AUGAAAGGGAGAAAAACUGUCUAUCCUGGACUGCCAACUGGGGACCUCGGACCGUGUAACCCUCGGGGCAUCUCUAAGCAGGGAGGGUUGAUAAUGGAAGCCAUUCCACCAGGACUGAGCAUGCAGUCAUCUCAAGACUCGCUAAGGCCAGGAAGUGUAAAGGGAUAG